UCCCCAUCUGAACGUUUGGGGCAGCGUCUCUGGAGGGUGCUAAUGGCCAGUGAGGUUCUCCUGGAGAAAUGGCCUCUGCUAGCCCAGACCCUCUGGACUUCACCCUCAGUCUGCCCCAGCCACCUCCCAGAUUCUCCUCGCCCUGCCCUGAUGACCAGACCCAACCACUAAACCCAUUCAAGGCACUAUGAGGGCCCCCGUUUCUCCCCCAUCAAAUCCAAAUCCUUCUGCUUGGUUUCUAAGAAUGCCCACACUCAGACCCAAGAAUGACCCUCUCCCAACCCACAGGGAGACCCUGCCAUCCUAUGCCAUCCUUUAUUCCUGCAUAUGCCCUGUGUCCCAGAAGCCCCCACUCCCAUCCUCUGCCAUGUCUGGCCAUGACCAGCUUUGACCCUUGUAUAGAGAGACCUUGGGGGUCCCUGGCUGACUCAGUCGGUAGAGCAUGCAACUCUCAAUCUCAGGGCAGGGUUGUGAGUUUGAGCCCCACAUAGAGAGUAGAGCUGACUUAAAAAGAGAGAGAGAGACCUUACAGUGGGGUCACCGAGGAGCUAUUUCAUUGUGCCUCGGUUUCCUUAUCUGCAAAAUGGGACAAUUAAGAGCACCAGCGUCAUGGCAUCGCUGAGGCUUCAUUAGAACAUGCGUGUCAAGCAUUCCCGGACCGUGUUCCAGAAAUGGCACUGGCCAGCAGCAGCACCCAACAGAGAAUCCGAUCACUAAAGAGCUGGCCUGAAGACACUCAACAACAUCAUAUAUUUAAGUAACAAAAAAGAAAGGGCUUUUGUUAAAACGACCCUCUGAGCGGCAGCUAAGUUCUAAGUGGACGGGAAAGUGCCAUCUGGGUGGAAGCUGGCCUCCACCAAAUCCUGACUGUCGCCUUCCGGGAAAGCCCCAGAAGUCCCACGACGUGCCAGGCCCUGCCUGUUGUUUCCGUGAGCUUCGAGAAUCCAGGCUCCCCACCCAAAGCCCCCAAGGUGUGGCCAAAGGUUAACGGGUUCCCAAGGGAGGGCUAGAGGGCCCAUCAGACCAGCCAGAUAGCAGAUAUAAGGGCGGGUCAGAUGAGCCAGAUACCAAAGGAGGAGCAGAGACAGACAAGCCCCAGGAUGGUGUCCCGCAAGGCCGUGGCUGUCCUGCUGAUGGUGCACGUGGCCGUCAUGCUGGCCUCCCAGACGGAAGCCUUCGUUCCCAUCUUCACUCACAGCGAGCUCCAGAGGAUUCGGGAAAAGGAGCGGAACAAAGGGCAAAAGAAAUCCCUGAUUGUACAGCAGAGGUCCGAGGAAGUGGGCCCUCUGGACCCUGUGGAGCCCACAGAGGAAGAAGAAAACGAAGUUAUCAAGCUGACUGCUCCUGUGGCAAUUGGAACGAGGAUGAACUCCAGGCAGCUGGAAAAGUACCGGGCCGCCCUGGAAGGGCUGCUGAGUGAGGUGCUUCUGCCUGCCCGGAACGACAAAUGACAGCCCGCUCCAGGGGAAGGUGGAUGAAACUGGGAGCGCCCUCCCACCCGAGGGAGACCCCGGAAUCUGCUGCCCCACAGCCGGGCUCCAAAGGAAAAUACUCUCUCCCAAGCAAGCCCCCUCCUGCAAAUAAAGUGGCAAAUAA